ACGCUGCUAAUAUAGUGUCUCUUGCUGCACUAAAAUCGGCCAUAAUACUCUCAAUUUCGUGACAUUUAUGGCAGUAUGAACCCAGAACAGCCCGUUGAAACGCACCGUAGUGCAUAUUAUCGUUCAGUUUCAACGCCAGAGGGGAACGACUUGAAGAAAGGAGCACUGAAAAGAACUCCGUUCUCAAAGUUUAAGAAAGUACACUCCGGCUUCAAAUCACCUAUUCAAGUAACAGAGAGUGCCAAAGUUAGUCCUGCAGAGGAGGUGGCAGAGCUAGAGAGGAGAAGAGAGCAGCUGGGCACGGAGAUUGCACAGCUGGAGGCUGAGGGAUACAGACAAGAGGAGCUGGAGCAUCAUAUUGAUAUGCUGCAUGAAUACAAUGACAUCAAAGACAUUGGACAAUCAAUCCUGGGCCGCAUUGCUGCUCGGAGGGGAACCACCACACGAGAUCUAUACAGCCACUUUGGUCUGGAACUGGAUGACUGAAAAAAAAAAACAGUCGUGAUAAUGGUUCCUAGGACCUAAU